AUGCACUCAAACCACGAUGACCCUUCCACAAGGCCAGACGCUGAAAAAGACUCAGUUAGAGUGUAUUGCCGUGUCCGACCAUUAGGACGGAGCGAGAUUUCAAAUUCAGAGAACCCCCUUACCUGCGUUUACUUUAAUGAUAAUGAUACCGAAAAAGAUACAAUCACGUGGUCUGCAUCCUCAGUUAACACAGAGGUCAGCUCUCCCGGAACUCCUCGCUUCAUGGUCUCUAGCGGUAAAACUAGCAAUGCUGACUCGAGUGCACAGUAUUCGUUCAAUUUUUCUGGUGUCUUCAGACCCAUUUCGGAUCAGAAAGAGGUUUACAAGAAUGUUGCGCAACCUCUAAUAGCUGAUGUUAUGCAGGGCUACAAUGGGACUAUCUUUGUCUAUGGACAAACUGGCAGUGGAAAAACGCAUACGAUGUUUGGCGAAACAUCAUCAAACGGUACAUUAUUUUGUGAUAGUGAUACCACUGAUAGCAAUGUAGUUUAUGUAGGGGUAGACUAUGGCGUAAAGCCUGAAGAAUGCUUUCUAAGCGAGGAAGAAUGUCACGUUUUACGUGAAGAGACGAAUAUGAUUACCUCAAAGAGAUUAGGUAAGCCCAAAAAUUUCGAAGCGAAGCCAUAUUUAGAUUCAUUUUCUCGUUCGCGUAAAUGCAUCAACCCUGUUGUCCAAGGUGAUCGGAAACCUUCAGGAUAUUCUAUGGAUGCACGCUGCGAAAAGAAUACGGUUUAUGGCAAGCAAGCGGCAGCCUUGUCAGCUACAUCGCCAUCCUACCCAGCAGAGCUUCAUGCUUUGAGCGAGAGCUCUCAAUACUGUAGACAGGGCUAUGAAUUAGGCGACGCCACCGGCAUCGUCCCAAGGGCUGUGAAUGAUCUUUUUUAUUUUAUCUCACACGCUGAUUCUGGAAUCGAAUUUGAGGUGCGUCUCUUUUUGGUAGAAAUUUACAUGGAACAGGUAAUCGACCUCCUUGCCCCGAUAUCAUCUAAUCGAAUUUCAACUCUUCACUUAUCCCAGGGCAGUCAAUUGGGUUCGAGGUCUCUCCAAGUGCGAGAGGACGCAAACUCGGGCUCUUUCUAUGUUGAGGGUUGCGAGAUGCCCCGCAUUGCCACCGCCCAGGAGGCUAUGUCACUUAUACAAACUGGACUGCAGCGUAGGACAACUGCAGCGACGAACAUGAACGACGUCAGUAGUCGUAGUCACUGCCUUGUAAACUUUAUUGUGAAGAAGUUAGACCGGGCUUCUAAUGAAAUCAAGGUGGGAAAACUCUUUCUUGUGGAUCUGGCAGGUAGUGAGAAAGUUUCUAGAACUAGAUCUGAGGGACUAGUGUUGGAGGAGGCGAAACUCAUCAACAAGUCGCUUCUGACGCUCAGUUUGGUGAUUCAAGCUCUGACUGAAAACGCUAACCACGUACCGUACCGCAACAGUGUGUUGACUAAACUUCUGAAAGACUCGCUUGGCGGAAAUUUCCGCACAGCCCUAGUGGUUUGUUGUAGCCCGGCUCUUUGCAACGCAGAGGAGACUCUGUCCUCUCUCCGCUUUGGGGCACGCGCCAAGACCAUCCAAAACUACGCCGUUGUUAAUCGUGAACUGAUCGCUGAUGAACUUAAGCGCUUGCUAAAAUCUGCCCAGGAAGAAAUUCGAAAACUACGUGCUAAGCUACAGAAACAGCGACGUGACCAUCAGGAAGCACCGGAUGCUGAUUGCAUUCGCAAGAGAAAUGUCGUGGAGGCAGUGGGCACACGUGGAGUUGGGAUGAAAUUGACUUCGCAGCGGCAACAAACAAGUAUGUUCUCAAGGCAAUGCGAUUAUUCCAGUGUAGGUAACAGCCCAUUGCUGGUCUGCCCUCGCACCGAGUUUUCGGACGAUGAUGAUAAUAGCAACUCUUCGGUUGCACGAACUGCGCGUCGUUUCCAUAGAAAAGUUCGUGAACCUAUGUGCCUCAAUAAAACGCAACUUGAGCUGAGCGAAACCCGAGAUGCCUUGCGUGACGCCCAGGAAAUCAAUAGGACUCUGACAGCGCAAGGGGACUCACAGCAGGCGAGGAUUGUGAGCCUCGAAGAGGAAAACAUGGCCUGGCAGCAGGAAUACGUAGCCCUGCGUCAGUGCUACAUUGAACAAGAGGAGCUACUGUCGAUAGCAAAGUCUCAGGUGGCUGUGUUAUCUAGAGACAUUCACACCUUAAUCAAGCAGCUCAUAGGAAAUCUAGACUCCGUGAGGCGGGCACGUGAAGUUCUCGAUAGUUCAGCGGUUCGUGCUUCUGCUUCUUCCCAACACAACCCUGUGUUGGGAGUUCUUGAAGGGUCUCAGAUCGGUAUUCCUGCCGAACUGAGCUCUACUUUUGCCACAUCACCAUUUAGGAGGCCUAGCGAAAAUUCCUUAGCCUCAAUACCGGUGACGAUAGAGGAGAACCUCAACGUAUCGCCAGGCACUUCAAUGCAUAUGUUUCUGGAUUACCACGACAGAAAUGUUGGAAACGAAGUGUUUUCCGCACCGGAUAAUCUUCAGGCAGCAUCGUCAGUGGGCAAUAUGGUAGUCGGGCCUUUGUUGACCGCUUACAACAGCCAAUCCCCGAAGCAGUCUUGCAACUACGAAGGCGAGGAGGAGAAGGAGAGGCUUUCCUUACAAACUUCAAAUGAAGUCAUAUCCUUUACCCUUCAACUCUUGGAUAAGUUGGGUUCGCCUUUUCACUCCGUACUGGUACAUCAAUUAGGAUUGGAAAGCUCCAAAUCAACUCCAUUUCACCAUCAGGAGUUAUCAGUGUCUAGUGGGGUUCCUUGUCUUGCUGAGCACAAACACGAUUCUGUCAAUGAUCCUGGCAACGUCGAGAGUCGUGACGUUGUCGCUUUUCAGCAAAAAAGUCCCACCAGCUACGACAAUACGGCCCUACUGAAUGAGGCCGUGUCGUGUAUUUUGGCAUUGGGCAAGCGAAUUCGUGAGAUGGACGAAAAUUUCGCGAAGGAGACCCAGUCCCGAAACUCUGUUGCGCUGAAGCUGGAGCUAGCAGAGAAAAAACUUAAGAUCCGGCAGGAGCGCAUCGAACUUCUUAACUUGGGAAUGCAGCAAGAAAGUAAAUCGAGCCAGGAGCUGCGGGCGAUGUUGGAAAAGGAGCGCAACGGGCACCAGAACUUGUUACAGGUAGCCCGCAGGGAAGCGCACUACUGGCGCACGCGUUUUGAGGAGCUUGACGAGCAGUUACAGAGGACCCAUAAGCAACCGAAGGUGUAA